CUCUCUCCCAUCCAGCAACAAAGAUACCCUCUCAACAACACUUCUUCCUCCCCUGUACGAAACUCAGCAGUGCUUGAUAGCAAUUGCUCUUGCUGGAUCGGCAGAUCUUUCCUUGCGAAAUUGUACCGCAACUACCGCUGAUUCAGACUGCCACCGCUCACAAUGUUUGUCUACAAGCGUGAUGGGCGCAAAGAGCGCGUUCAGUUUGACAAGAUUACCGCUCGUGUUUCCAGGCUGUGUUACGGAUUGGAUCCAGAUCAUGUAGACCCAGCUGCAAUCACGCAGAAGGUCAUUUCUGGUGUGUACCAAGGUGUCACUACAAUUGAACUGGACAACCUCGCUGCCGAGACAGCGGCAUAUAUGACCGUCACACAUCCAGACUACGCUGUGCUCGCUGCACGUAUAGCCGUAUCGAACCUUCACAAGCAAACUAAAAAGCAAUUUUCGGCAGUCAUCGAUGAUCUCUACAACUAUGUCAACCCAAAAAACGGCAAGCACUGCCCUAUGAUCUCGAAGACUACGUAUGAUAUCAUCAUGAAGCACGCGGACGAGCUGAACUCGGCCAUCGUUUACGACCGUGACUUCAACUACCAGUAUUUUGGCUUCAAAACAUUGGAGAGGUCCUACCUUCUCCGAAUCAAUGGCAAGGUGGCAGAGAGACCACAGCACAUGAUUAUGCGUGUUGCGGUUGGCAUACACGGUGAAGACAUUGAGAGUGCCAUUGAGACUUACGACUACAUGUCGAAUAAGUACUUCACACACGCGUCUCCCACUCUGUUUAAUGCUGGCACGCCGUCGCCGCAGCUCUCCUCCUGCUUCCUCAUCGAUAUGAAGGAGGACAGCAUAGAGGGCAUCUACGACACGCUCAAGACCUGUGCUAUGAUUUCAAAGACUGCCGGUGGCAUCGGUCUGAACGUACACCGCAUUCGUGCGACUGGUUCGUACAUUGGUGGUACCAACGGCACAUCCAACGGUCUAAUUCCUAUGUUGCGUGUCUACGAUGCCACCGCUCGAUAUGUUGAUCAGGGUGGCAACAAGCGCCCCGGUGCUUUCGCCAUUUACCUUGAGCCAUGGCAUGCUGACAUUUUUGGCUGGCUUGACUUGCGCAAGAACCACGGUAAGGAAGAGAACCGUGCUCGUGAUCUCUUCUAUGCUUUGUGGACGCCUGAUCUGUUCAUGAAACGAGUUGAACAGAAUGGUAUGUGGACACUCUUCUGUCCCAAUGAAGCACCUGGCCUCGCCGAUGUCUACGGCGAAGAGUUUGAGGCCCUAUACGAGAAAUACGAGAAGGAGGGCCGUGGUCGUGAGACCAUCCGUGCUCAGAAGCUGUGGUAUGCCAUUCUUCAGGCACAGACCGAGACUGGCAAUCCCUUCAUGCUCUACAAGGACGCUUGCAACCGCAAGAGCAACCAGAAAAACCUGGGAACCAUCCGCAGCUCCAACCUUUGCACCGAGAUCAUUGAGUACACUGCCCCAGACGAGGUCGCGGUGUGUAACUUGGCCUCUCUGGCUCUGCCAACCUUUGUCGAUGUCAUGCGUGGCGAAUACGACUUCAAGAAGCUGCAUGAGGUCACCCGCCAUGUCGUUCGCAACUUGAACAAGAUCAUCGACAUUAACCACUACCCUGUACCAGAGGCACGUAACAGUAACAUGAGACACCGUCCUAUCGGUGUCGGUGUGCAGGGUCUUGCCGAUGCUUUCCUCGCUCUGCGGCUGCCAUUCGACUCUCCAGAGGCUCGUAUGCUGAACAUCCAAAUCUUUGAAACCAUAUACCACGCCGCUCUGACAGCUUCGUGUGAGCUUGCCAAAGAGCAAGGUCCCUAUUCGAGUUAUGAGGGCUCGCCCGUGUCCCAGGGGAUUUUGCAGUAUGACAUGUGGAACGUGACUCCAACUGAUCUCUGGGACUGGGACAGCCUCAAAGCUGAGAUCAAAAAGCAUGGUGUCCGCAACUCCUUACUCGUGGCGCCCAUGCCAACCGCUUCAACUUCUCAGAUCCUGGGUAACAACGAGUGCUUCGAGCCAUAUACCUCAAACAUCUACUCACGUCGCGUGCUCGCCGGCGAGUUCCAGGUCGUCAAUCCUUGGUUGCUCAAAGAUCUCGUUGACAUGGGUUUGUGGUCUGACAAUAUGAAGAACCGCAUCAUUGCGGAGGGUGGUUCGAUUCAGCGCAUUCCAAACAUUCCAGAUGAUAUUAAAGCAUUGUACAAGACGGUCUGGGAAAUAAGCCAACGCCAUGUCAUCCAGAUGGCCGCCGAUCGUGGCGCGUUCAUUGACCAAUCCCAGUCUCUCAACAUCCACAUGAAGGAACCAACGAUGGGCAAGAUCACCUCCAUGCAUUUCGCUGGCUGGAAGCUCGGUCUCAAGACUGGCAUGUACUAUCUGCGUACACAGGCUGCCUCUGCUCCCAUCCAGUUCACCGUCGACCAAGAAGCACUCAAAGUUGCCGACACCAACGUCGCUCGGACCGCGGGCAUGAAGAAGCGCCCCUCGGGCAGCUAUCAAAGCGCUGCCUAUUCUGCCGUCCCACGACCUAUGUUUCAAUCAAAGUCGCCCAACGGCGCCAGCGGAGUAUCCUCGCCUCCACGUAGUCUGACCCCGCCGCCAAAGGAGGUGUCUGCCCCGGUAGCCAAAACGGCCACCCCUCGCAAGGAGGCAAUCCCCAUGCCAGCUUUCAAGGCCGACGAGGAAGAGUCGAGCCCUAAGAUGGAAGCCGUGGAUGCUAAGACCAAUGGCGCAAACGGCCAUGCCAACAGCGCGAAAAAGACAGAAGAGGGUGGCAGCGCCGAUGCGAAACAGGACGGCGAGGAAGAGGAGAUAGGUGACAUCUAUGCCGACGCUGUGCUUGCAUGCAGCAUCGAAAACAAAGAAGCUUGCAUCAUGUGCAGCGGUUAGACGGGAUUAGAGUGAUACGGCGAGGCAUGGGACGCGGAACCUUUGCUGACGACGGGAAUGAGACGACGGGAUGCGGAUUGUUUUUUUCUCUACUUUUUGCGCCAACUCGAUCGCGACGGGACUUGCUACUGAUAUCAUCACUGGGCGUUUGGGAAUUUGGAGACACAGGCUCGUACUUUGACUGAUCAACGUUUAUUGGCUCGCAUAGCUUUGAACUUAUUUUACACAUAGAAGCAUAGCUGACUUUAGAAUGUCGAAGGCUUGCGCUUUUGUGUAGUAGUGUAAUGGUAGCACAGCUGUAUAACACAAGACUUUCAUAUUCGCC